AUGGCGGCCUACGCUGUGCCCACCAUCCCGGCCCCCCUCACAGGCAUUCCCUUCCUGAAGGCGUCCCACAUUCGGCUGGGGGAUGAGCGCUGGGCGCCGGAAAGCACCCGUCAACCAUUUUCUCACAGCCAGUACCCCCCUUUCUGGGGGGUUCAUCGGCGGCCACCGGCCUCGCUGCCCUGCAGUGGGCAGGUGCUGGGCCCGCCUGGGGGUGGCGGCGGCGGGGGAACCUGUUCAGAAACUCGCCUGGCGUUUCCAGAGAAGCCCCUACAGCCGGUGGCCCCGUUUGUUCCCCCCAAGUCGUAUGUCCGCAUGCACACAGACCCCCGCAUCCGCGUCCUCACCUCGGAGACGAGGGAACGCUUCCCCUGUCCCCACCUCCCCCUUCAGAGAGCGCCCCUGCCCACGGCCAAGAAACAGAAGGAUAACAUUCCUUGUGGAGACAGGGAUAAAAUAAGGCUCCCUCCAUCUGUCUACACCGUCUCGUACCCAGCUCACGAGAUCCGGCCCGCUGCCCGGCCAUGGCAGUCGCACAGGGGAUCUGUUCCCACUAUUAAAGAGGACGAACGGUCCUAUUACGACACUUCUUACCAAGCACAGUUUAAGGGUGAAUGGAGCCCACCUGCAAAGCCAAGUGAAAAGUACACGUCUCGUAUUAAAUUUGGGGAUCCCAGAAGCAGUGGAUCUUUGAGCGAGCAGAAACAUGCCUUCCGUGCCCCAGAGAAGAGGACACACAGAGCCUACGACAAGGAACUUGCUGCCUCCCAGAUCCACCACACGAACCUGCAGCUGGGGGACGGUCGCACCAGAUUCUCCACCCAGACAUCAGAGCUCUUCCCACCGCACGAUCUAGAGCCUGUAACUAUUGUCCGUCUAAACAAAAAUGCCUCAUCCAUCCCCAGAGGUGAUGAAGACCCAGAGAGAAAUCGAGCGUUGACAAGAAUCACUAAUACGCAGCUCUCCUACCCAGAGACGGACAGGUGGAACCUUGCACCAAAGCCUGACUUGCUGAAGCAUCAAAGCAACAUCUGCUUGGGAGAUGAACGUUCAGGCUCCUGCUUCUUCAGCACAACACAACAGGCAGACUAUCAGCCGCCCCGCCAGAGCCAGAGGGUGAUGGCAGACAGCAGGAGCCACUGUGAGAGCCACAUCCCCUUCAACUACCACGAUGAAAGUUCUGUCACAACCACGCAGGCCAUGCUGGUCCCACACAGGCAGCAGAAACAACAACUCUCCGAAGACAAGUUACAGCAGAUCAAACGCUCACACCUGGAUCUACCCUGGAGGGCACGGGACCUCUUCAGGACUGAGCAGAAAGACAAGUUCACGCUCAAAUCCAGAGGCCCAGCAGAAAUCCAAAAGGCAAACUGCCAAGUGAGCUGCGUGCCCCUGGGGACCCUGAAAGGAUACUGUCCCCAGAGGAAGGUGCUCUUUGCAGAAUGAUCUUCUCCCUUCUCUGGUGACCGCCCAGAACUUGCUGCGCUGUGGACUGCUGACACGUCGCGUUACCUGUUAACCGUCCUGGUUCCUUGCUCUUGGCCCAUCUGCGUGUUAUUACAGGGAAUGUUUAUUCCCCGAGUUGAAUGAGGAGACAAGAAGGUGUUGUGACAGCAAGAAUAAACACAGGGAGAUUAGCCCAAAGACACUGGUGACACAUUUCUCUGGAUUGCGAGACCCGCCGGGUGCAUCUAGGCAGGCGCUGGGGCAGGAGGAAGCAGGUGGGGUAGGGGGAAGCUCAGAGAAAGGGCGAGAGAUCAGAAGCAAAGUGAGAGGCACCGUCAGGGCUGUGUGUGUGUGUAGGGGCUGGAAUAUUCUCUGAUUAUCUGUUUGUGUUUUGGUGUCAAGGCCUGAAACCAAAGGUCAGCGAACAGGCGGGCAGGGAGGUAGCCCUCCCCAGCAUAUGAUGAGUGAGCUGUUUUCCUAGAGGUGAGCCGUGUAUUUUUGUUGAGCUGGUAACUCACGUGGGUUUCCCAAAUGCUGAGCUUGCACUAACUCUGUUUGGGAUGUAGGUAUUUUAAAGAGGGAUCAGUGAGGGCCGGAAAGCCCCCUCCCUUGGGAGGUUGAGCGAGCAGGGUCAGCUGCUGCUUUCUCACAGCUGCUGCUUCACAAGCUCUUCCCAGCCUUUCGGUGCAGAUGGGUUUGCUGUGAGCCAGCACCAGAGCAUGUGAGCACAGGCUACAACAUCAUUUCCAGCAGCUGCAGUUGGUGUGGGAGCAGUGGCUGGGCCCACCAUCCCCCUGUGCUUUCCUCUCAGGAUUUGACUCUACAUCCCUUGGGAAAGGGACAGUCUUUGCUCCACACGUACUUCAAAGAAGUCCCUUACUCAAGUCUUGCAAACGCACACAGGCACCUCACAUCAGUAUUUUACACUAGCACGUUGCAAACACCUCGAUUCAAACACCUAAAUGGCAUCAUUUUGUGUAGUAACAGGGACUUGCAUCUGCUACCGGCCUGCCCCAGCACUUUUAUGUGACCCUGAGGUGACACAGCCAGGCUUCACUGGGAAUCAAUGGUGACCAUCACCCUUCUGGUGGAACCAGCUGGGAGGACCCUGUGGUUAUUCGCUUUCUUUUUCACGUGGAUUUUGAGGCACCUUGAGACACAGAGAGUAAAACUGGGUCUUUGCUUUCUAAACUCCUCUUCCUGCCCCUUCCAGCUCUGCCCAGGGAAUGCCUGAAGCAGGAAGGCCAAACAGCCCUUCUUUGAUUCCCCCAGCGACGUGAGAUCUGCCAGCGCGGAGGG